AGGUAAAGUCUACCUGAUUGACAGAAGGUGGGUUCGGGAUAUAACGCACACCUGGACUCGGUACAAAAAAAAGGCGCUGUGUGUGUGCAUGUGUGUGUGUGUGUGUGUGUAUAUGUGUGUGUGCGCGCGCGUGUGUGGGGUUUUUUUUUUUUUUUUCCUUGUAGUGAUUUAGGGCGACUUUUUAAACUAGUAAAACUAUAUUUGAGAUCAGGAUGGCGAGCAUAGGACUGGCCGUGAGCGGCCCGAACACGGAGGAGAGGGCGGUUUUUGCGCAGCUGAAGCCUGUGCGGAUGUCGAGCGCAGACGGCGGGGACGAUUCGUCCGUGUUCGAGGACGUCAAACCCACGAACCCAAUGGAGAUGGAUAAAUAUUUGCCCCAAAACGGGCCUCUGCCAUCCACAACCCUUACAGACAAAAAGUACCGCAGGGAAAGCGCCUCCGUAGUGGACGAGUACUUCGCAGAUGAAAAGCCAGCGCCGUACAGCCUUAACAUCAACCUCAUCCUACCCAACACCACCCAUCUUCGCACCGGUUUGUACCGUCCAACCAAACCGGUGUCUCAGAUCAAAACAGAGCCGGGGAUAGAGGCGUCCUGCAACAUCCAGACGCUCCCCAACUUCACGUCUGUCUUCAGUGUGCCACAGACGGUCGACAACCUGUUCAUUAAACCCAACAUGACCGCCGCCGACGAGCUCCACAUUGGCCCGCAGCAGCCGCAGGUCUACCAGAUGGCCAUCAGCAGCAGCAACCUCACCUCCAUGACUUUCUCCAACAGCCAGCAGGUGAACGGGGCGGGCAGGACCAUGCUCAACCUGAACGCAGUGGCCCUGACCACACCGUCGGGUGACUUUGUGAUACCGGACCAGUUCUACCAGCAAGCACAACCCCACAGCCUGCCGCCCUCGCCCCCCAACUCGCAACCAGGUAGCCCUGAGAAUCAAGCCGAACUCAUUAGCACAGUUCCUCCUCCUCCGCCUUAUCAGACCCAAAUGGGAGUAAAGGGGGCACAGAUGAGCCAUCACUCCGUGUUAAUGACUCACGGACAAGGCGUCCUCACCGGCCCCAGGUACAACCGGAGGAAUAACCCCGAACUAGAGAAGAGAAGGAUUCACCACUGCGACUUCCCAGGAUGCACCAAGGUUUACACAAAAAGCUCCCACUUGAAAGCGCACCAAAGGACACAUACGGGCGAGAAGCCGUACCGCUGCACUUGGGAUGGAUGCGACUGGCGUUUCGCCCGAUCAGAUGAACUCACACGGCACUACAGAAAGCACACGGGAGCCAAACCCUUCAAAUGUGUCGCAUGCAACCGAUGCUUCUCGCGCUCGGAUCACUUGGCGCUCCACAUGAAGAGGCACCAAAACUGAGUUGUCCCCAUUUUUGUUUUAUUAAAAAAAAACAAAAAAAAAAUAUAUUAAAAAGCUUUUUUCUUUCUUUUUUAUAAUAAUUGUAUCACUAAGUAUAUAUUUCACCAUUUUCACAAAGAUCAAAUGUUUCUCUCUUUCUCUCUCUCUUAAAAAAAAAGAAAAGAAAAGAGCAAUUUCCAUCUGACCACCAUUUUAGCUCUAGGACUAGUAGAUUGCUUCACGGAAGAAGACUCGACGUGUUUUUGGAGUGGAAUCCACGUUAUUAUUUGUAAUUUGUAGAUUUUUUUUGUUGUUGUUUUUGUGCAACUGUAUAUAGUGUAUGUAGCCCGAGUAUCUGCGUGCUCCGUGUAUAAUAAUAAUAAUAAUAAUAAUAAUAAUAAUAAUAAUAAUAUGUUGUGAAAUCUCUAGCUGACAUCUUCUUACGCUUUAGUCUGAAAGGCAUCAGUAGUAUUGCAUAGCAGAAACGGUUCUCAGAAAACAGCUUUUGCUUUUAAAAUGUUCGUUUGGUUUUUUUUUAAUCAUUGGACGUUAAUACAGCAGGAUAAAUCCUUGUUCAGUUGAGUCUAAACUACACUGUUUAUACUGGGAUUAUUUCUUUUCUUUUUAAACCUCUCUCGUAUAAGAAUGUCAACAUAUUUGCUAAGGAGUCGAGAGUAAAGAGUUGAGUAAUGUUUGUUUUGCUCCGACGUUCGUAUCUGUGGAAACGAACCAUUUUACGAGUAGCUCGAGCAAGAAACGACAGUCUGGUAGAUGGAUGGUUUCUUUUCGUUGUAUGACGUUAAUCAAAGGGAUUAUGUGCAGGAUUUAAGCCAAGUAGUUUACCAUUACUAUAUAUAUAUAUAUGCCUGUAUUUUAAUUAUUGACCAAGCGUGGGUCGUUUGUCCCGGUUAUC